AUGGCUCCGCAGAGCCGCAGCCACUGCAACCAACUGGCACACACACUUGCUGUGCAGAACGCACUGAUCACAAGAGCACAAGGGCUCAACAACUCAACACACAAACCGGAAAAACCCGCCAACAACAAGACGGCCACCGCCAUCACCAGCAUCAACAUAUAUAUAUAUAAACACAUACACGUACGUACACGCAAGCAUGGUACGACUUACAAGAACCCUCGCAGGCCACCGAUGAGCAAACUUCAGGUCCAAGUUUCAGUACAUGCGCAAGGACAUCGCAGCGAGCUGUGGUGGACAGGGAGUGUCACCGCGGUGUAUUUCGUUCUGCUCGUGUUCUUCACGGACGUGUACCUCGUGCCCCGACACGUCUCGACGACGAUGACGGACUACGUCCUGCUGAACGUGUUCCUGGCGACCGCGUUCCAAUGUGCAGCGUGCCACAUGGUGCAGUGUUUUACGACGACGGCAGGCAGUGUUCUUUCCACUAUCACGAUGUUGAACCAUUGGGCUUGUUCAGCAGUGACGUUGCUGUACUACUCGUACUACGAUAACGUGUUCUACUUCAAGUUGCUUGCGCUGUUCACGGCGAACUGGACGCUGGUCGUCGCUGCCGUGACAGUGACAUCGACAGCGUCCAACUCCCCGAAGCGGCAGUGGUGGUCUCGCCGCACUCUGUUGCUGGUUUACGUCGUAGUGCUCGUCAGCGUGCCCCUAGUGGUCGGGCUGUUACGGUUUGGUACUGCGAAAGUACUUCGCAGACUGGACUGGAGGUUAUUGCUGGCGGAACUGGCAGUAUACCUCAUCUCAGGUGUUUUCUACGGUGGAACAGAGAAGGACACACUUCCGAAACUCCCCUUCUACGUUGCGUUCCACACGGCGUCACUGAUCCACCUACAGCUACUACUCAACGCAUUCCAUCUCAUGCGCGCCGGAACCAACAAACCAACACUCGUCAGCUUCAAGUGA